AUAAAAAAUAGAGACCCUCGAAAAACUUACCAACAUGGCGUGGCCGGUAACUGAAGUUUUGUCGAAGAUGCUUUCAUUUUUUAUCGUGGCAUUAUUGGUCGAUAGAAUUACAGGUUUCGACUAUGACUAUGUUACCUGCGGUUCAAGUUUGAAGUUACUGAAUAAUCAUCACAAUGUUCGCCUACAUUCUCAUGACGUCAAGUAUGGCUCUGGAAGUGGACAGCAGUCGGUAACAGCCGUAGAUUCAUCAGAAGACCACAACAGUUACUGGCAGGUUCGUGGUAAAACUGGCAUUGGCUGUACACGAGGGGAGCCAGUCAAGUGUGGACAGACAUUGAGGCUCAUGCACUUGAAUACAAGACGUAAUUUACACAGCCAUCACUUCCAGUCACCUUUAUCACAUAACCUGGAGGUGAGCGCCUUCGGGGAAAACGGCGAAGGAGAUGAAGGAGACAACUGGGUGAUUGUCUGUGCAGGAAAAUACUGGAGCAGAAAGGAAAAGGUCAAGAUCAAGAAUGUUGUUACAGAAUAUUAUUUACACGUUUCUGGAGACACGUAUGGACGGCCAAUUCACGGACAAAGGGAGAUAAGCGCGUAUCCAUCACCAUCAGAACUGAAUUACUGGCAGGCUAAGGAGGGAAUCUUUAUCAAACCAACAUCGGAACCUUCCUCUUCAGGAUACCAUGACGAGUUAUAGGGGACCUUUACAGAGCUGCUAUGUAAUCACAGAAAACAUUGUGGGUUUAUCGUCUCACGUGUCAUUUCUGUAUGGAGAUUGAUUCCUGGCUUUAACAGUGCUUAUCCUGUCAAUGAAGGAAAUGGAAACCAGUUGAUGAAGCUGGUCAUAAUUUUAUUCCAUAAAAUUAAAAUACCCACAUUGGGUUCCAUAGCACUGAUUUUUUUGUUACAUAAGAGUAAAUGGUAUAUUUUAGAAUGAAAAACAAACAAGUCUGUCCUAUGAUAUGCUUUAACACUGAUUUCCUUCUUUUUGCCGUUGAGGUGAAAAUACAGUUAACAGAACCUAUUUUAGGUAUACAGCGGGCAAAUAUAUUAUAAAAGAUCACAGGGUGAAAAUUUGGAGGGGAAAAUGUCUUUUUUUGUAUUUAUGUACAUGUACUCAAAGAUGGGUUCUCAAAGAUUUGAACAAUAUUUCACUGCAUGUAUUUAAAAGAUAAGUAUAAGAAUAUUAUUUGAUGUUACGGUUGGACCAAAUUUAUGUAGCUGCAUUUAGCUGAACCACACUCACUGUCAUUGACGUAUAUAUUGACUUACCAUGGUCAGGCAAGGUACAAACUGAGAACCUUUGGAUUCGAAAGUGGACAUGUCUUUUACCACUAGAAGAAACUAUGUGCUAUGGACUUAGAAGUGUAUCAAAAUGCAGUGAGAUAUCUUCACACGAUAAUUCUGUUCAUAUUCUCUAUAUCUGUUUUAAAAGUCAUUUGGAGUCCAACUCUAGAGUAGAUGUGUAUAGUUAAGUAUGAAUUAUGUGAAAUAUUCCUUUGAAGUCUUUUGUGGAAUGUUUGUGUAUAGUGUUGAAGAGAAUAUGGAUUGAUGGAUCUUCAGUUUGUCUUCUGUUUUUUUACCAAAAACGUUGCUGUAUCAGAUCAUAUUUGAGGCAUUAUCAGUUUUACAAUUUCUGAAGAAUGUAAAAAUCAACAAAUUUUCAAAAGCCAUGGAAAUGUAAUAAAAUUGUCUCAAAUUGCAACUUUAUACAAUUUUAUCAUUGCCAUAACAAAACCAAUACAUUAGUUUAUGUCUUUACCAUAACAAUAAUAAUACAUCUUUGUAUCAUUCAUACAAAGAUGAAAGUCUGCUCAAUAUGAUCAGCAUUAGACUACUCUUGGUGAACCAGUGUACAAUAACAAUUUUGAGGUCCAAAAUAAGCAAUUCUGAAGUUUAUUUACAUAGAAUCAAAUACCAUGUACUCCAUUUCUGUUUGAAUUGGCUGUUGAGCUAGAAUAAUUUGUUCUCUGCCUUCAAUCUUUCUUAUAUUUAUAGGAACUUCUUCUUUCACCUGAAAAAUGAGUUGGCAAAUAUCUUGUUUGUAUGAAUGAACUAUUGCUGCAACAUAGAUUAUAUAGUGUGGAAUACAUAUUUUUCAAUUUACGUUAUUUUGAGAGAAAGAUAGAGUGCAAAUUAUUGUUUGUUAUCUGUUGUAGAAAAUGUGUUCUUUUUUCUUGUAAGUAGUUGACAAUUUUCCUAGAUUUCAUUAUACAUAAUUUACAUGUGCGUGUGACAGUUCAAGGGAAAUAACUCCUGCAUGCUUGAUUUAGGUGGCAUAUCACAUAAAUGAUAUAGAUGCAUUUGUAGCAGCACUUAAUACAACAGCACCAUAAAACCUGUGCAAUUUUCACAAAGGCCUAGUGUAGGAUAUGAUAUUAAUUGAUGUGUCGCCUAAUGAGGGAUUGGCUGAAAUAAAACAUGUAUAUUAUGUAGAGGGAGAACUAUUGUUAUGUAACACUACAGAACAGAUAUUUUGUCUUUUAUCAUACAUCAACUUUUUCUACAAUAAAUAUGAUGGGAAAAAUGA